GAAGCAGUUAACACACAAUUAACAAGUUACUUUCGCAUUAAGUUUCUGGUGAAGUUGUUUUGUCUUAAGGCAGUCUUUUCGUAAAUUGUUACUGAAAAUUGACAACGUGUGAUACAAGAGCGUACUAAAUUUGUGCGGGUGUAUGCAACAUCCAGAAGGACUUGAGAUAGAUCCACACGUUAUUGUACCUAUCGAUUGAGAAUCAUUUCUCUGUACGUGCGGCCAUCGUUUUUUCUGUUGUUGAACCUGUAGGCAGCGACUGUUAAGAUAUAUUCAUGAAAUUGAGUACACUGAUAUGCUUUUGCCCAAGGUGAUUGAAAAUAGUUCGGAUCGGAUCACGUUUUCGAUCACUUCUCAUCUAAAGUAUUAUUUUGAAAAGUCGUUGUAUGAAUAACUAUGUUAAAAGAAGUAGUGCAGGCCAUUGAAGGAUGGGCCGUGAUCCAGUGCUUUUACUUGUUCAAAUUAGCCUCACUAUGCCCGCCAUAGCGGAAUUGGAAUCAAAUUCACCCUUGAGCCGCGAAAUUCUUCUGCCUUUUAUUAUAUUUUCUAUCUCUUCAAAUCGUGUUAAAAUGUAUGCGGUGUUCAUCGCGCUGCCCAUUUAAACAAAAACUCAAACUACUUCAACUUCUGAUUUUCAAUAUAUUUCUACUUAAAUCACUCGGAAAAAUUAGUAAAAUAUUUGUUCAAAAUUAAAUAGUCUCUUACGGACACUCUAGUUAUAGAGAGGUUAUCUUAAACAACGCAAAAAACGGGAACUUUGAAAUAAACAAAAAAAAAAAAAAAAAAAAAAUACAAACAAUAUACAAUUAUUCUCUUGCAAUGCCAACGAUUCCAAUAAAUUUUUAUUUUAUUUUUUAUAUAUUAUUUGCAAUAACGCCAAACUUUCCUUACUCAAAAGCGGAAAACUUACCAACUUUAAAAUGUUACAAUUGCAAUUCGGAAGUUGAUGGCUUAAAUUGUACCACGAAUUUGAAACACUUGCAGCCAACAUUAUGUAAAAAUAGUUACGACAAGUGUUAUAUGAAAAUCGGUAUGAACGGUGAUAUACUUCGGGGUUGCGUAGCAGCAGAUGCCGUAACAACAAGUUGCCAGGCUCCAUCCUGUGCAGUAUGUGAAUUCGAAGGCUGUAAUGAUCAUAAUGUUUGCAAAAGUUGUUCUACUAGUGACGCAGAUUGCUCCAGGACUAAUGUUUCGGAUAAAAAAUUCGAUGAAAUCUGUGAAAGUUCACAGACCGAAUGCUUGGCAAAAGUGAUUGACGGAAAAGUGGAAAGGCGCUGUGCUCAAAAAACUGAUCAAUGCAGCAACAACGACACUUGUAUUGUAUGCUCUGGCGCUCUUUGUAACGACGGUAUAUUUCCAAGGGAACGUUUGUCUUGCUUCCAGUGCAACGGAGAAGGUUGUAAAAAUCCAUUCGAGCCCUUUCAGGCGGGAAGAACUUGUUACAAUUAUAUUGAAAAUGAUAAAUGUUACACAUACGGCGACAAUGAUACAAAUAUGCAACGGGGUUGUGUAUCAGACGAACUCAAUCCGUGUGCAGGAGAUAACCAAAGCACUGGCAAAUGUUUACUAUGCAAUUCAAAUGAUUGCAAUUCGCGCUCUUAUAAAAGACCACAAACACUAAAAUGCAUUCAAUGUGAAGGUAGUAAAGAAAGCACCGAAUGCUUUAACUUACAGGAUCCGAAUUUGGCUACAGAUUGCAGCAAAAAAGAACUUAUUUACACUGACGAAGGGGCGUGUUACACACACCUGAAAAAUAAUUUUGUGCAAAGAGGUUGUCUGUAUGAGCAUAUGGCAAAUGAAGGCGAAUGUAAAGAGGAGAAUGGUUGCGAGAAAUGCUCUGGAGUGGAUGGUUGCAAUCACAAGGAAAUAACAUUCAAGUUUACAUGCAUUGUGUGCCGCAGUGAUACGAAUACUAAAUGCCGAACUAAUGCAAGAAAUAUAAAGGGAGCAAGUUGUCGUGCCGACGCUGGUUGGAGUAAAGGUUGCUUCUAUGGCAUCUGGAACAAAGUCAUUAUACGUGGUUGCUAUGUCGAUGCCCAUGAACAAAUGCAAUAUGUAUGUUCGGAUAAAAGUAACACUCAGUGCCACGUUUGUGAGGGUAACGAUUGCAAUACAUCUGUCUUGUCUAAUGCCAGCGCACUUAAUGCGUUAACUAAUUUACAUCUACAACAUCUUUUGAGCUUAUUAAUUAUGAAAUUUUAUUUCAUUUAAAAAUGUUUUGAAAUUACAUUGC